AUGGACGCCUUCUUCACCAUCGCCUCUCCCGUCCCCGUCGAGGAGCCCGCGGGCGCCGAGUUCACGGACUACGACUCUGUCGGCACGAGCGGGAACAGCGGCAGCUGCGUCAUUGCUUAA